CACGCCGUGAUACGAAAUCCCUCGAUACCACCUGUCCCUAAGGGAAACGGACUGUGGUAGUUUCAAAUAAGAAAAGAAGAAGAGAAGUCCUGUGCAUACGUUUCCAAUUACGAACUACAAUCCACCAUGACACAAACGCCGAUGAUUUCGGUGCCUUUAAAGGCUACCAACGAGAUCGACUGGAUUACCCCGCUAAAGACCUUUAUCAGGGAUACGUACGGAGAUGACCCCGAACGGUAUUCAGAGGAAUGCGCAACACUUAACCGUUUGCGACAGGAUAUGAGGGGUGCCGGGAAAGAUAGUACUGCUGGAAGGGACUUGCUAUAUAGAUAUUACGGCCAGCUCGAAUUAUUAGAUCUGCGUUUUCCAGUCGAUGAGCAGCACAUCAAGAUAUCCUUUACUUGGUUUGAUGCCUUCACUCACAAGUCUACGGCCCAAUACUCGCUUGCGUUUGAGAAGGCUUCCAUUAUUUUCAACAUAUCCGCCGUCCUGUCCUGCCAUGCUGCCAAUCAAACCCGUUCCGAAGAGUCUGGCCUCAAGACUGCUUACCACUCCUUCCAGGCCUCUGCUGGCAUGUUCACAUACAUAAAUGAGAACUUCUUGCAUGCGCCGUCAUCUGAUCUCAGUCGAGACACCGUGAAAACCUUGAUUCAGAUUAUGCUUGCACAGGCACAAGAAAUAUUUCUUGAAAAGCAGGUUGCCGAUCAGAAGAAGGUAGGCCUACUAGCGAAGUUAUCCAGUCAGGCUGCCUAUUUAUACCAGCAAGCACUUGAAGGUGUGCAGGACAAUGUCAACAAGGCCAUCUUCGAGAAGGUCUGGCUUCUCUUUGCCCAGAUCAAAGCCAAUCUGAUGGCUUCAAAUGCCCAAUAUUACCAAGCCCUUGCCGACGAAGAUGCAAACUCAUAUGGCGUGGCUGUCGCAAGACUCACAUCAGCUGAAGUCCAGGCGAAAGAAGCUAACAAGAUAGCCAAUAACUUCCCUAGUACCAUGCCACCUAGCUCAAAUCUGAGUGCUGACACGGGACCUUCAUUGGCUGAGAUUACAAAACGGAAUCUGACUACUAUCCAAGAAAAGCUGAAGGAGUUGAUAAAAGACAACGACUACAUCUACCACCAAACAAUUCCGGCGGAGGCGAGUUUAGUUCCUGUACCGAAACUGCCUGCGGCAAAGCCAAUCCCGGUAAACGAACUCUAUGCUGGCCAGGAUGUCCAACGCAUAACCGGUCCUGAUCUAUUUGCGAGAAUCGUCCCAUUUACAGUUACCGAAUCGGCGAGCUUAUACGACGAGGAGAAGGCGAAAUUGGUGCGUGCAGAGACCGAGCGAGUUGACUUGGCCGAUAGUGAGCUGGCUACAAGCUUGGACUAUCUCAAAUUACCGGGCGCCCUGAAGGUUCUCAAAGGUGGUGUCGACCAAGAUAUUCAUCCAGACAAGGAUUUCCAAACUUGGUGCGACGAUGUUGCAGGACAUGAAAAUCCGAUUUCAAUCUUCGAUACGCUACGCAUAGACAAAGAUGCAGUUGUGAAUAACCUGGAUAAGUGUACGAAGCAGCUCGAUAUGGAAGAAAGUGUCUGUGAGAAGAUGAGAUCGAAGUAUGAGGGCGAGUGGACACAGCAGCCUAGCUCACGGUUAACUACCACCUUGAGAGGAAACAUUCGAGAUUACCGGGAUGCUUUGGAUGAAGCAGCAAAGAGCGACUCUCAGCUCUACACCAAGUUCCGACAAAAUGAAGUAGACUUUGAAGAGAUGCGGAGGGCCGCACAGACCGGUGAAGUCGAUUUGCUUUUCCAAACGGCCGUCAACAAAGUGAAAGCGAAAUCCAGUAAUGUGUCAAGUCCAGCAGGUGGCGAGCCGAAUCUGUUAGAUGCUGAUUUCGAAGACGACAGCCCGAGUGUUGCGGAGCAGAUAGCUAGAGUUGAGGACAUUCUCAAGAGACUAAAUCUGGUAAAGAGGGAACGAAAGCAAGUACUGAAGGAUCUCAAGGAGAAGGUUCUCACUGAUGACAUAUCACAAAUUUUGAUUCUGAACAAGAAAUCGAUACCGAACUUUGAGAAAGAACUAUUCCAGUCCGAGCUGGAGAAAUUCCGUCCACACCAGAACCGAAUCUUGCAGGCAAAUCAUAAGCAAUCCUCACUGAUGAGGGAACUACAGGCAUCGAUCAAUCAUCUCUUCCAGGACAAGCGUGUACGCUCGGAGCGCAGCAAGUAUGAGGCCAUACAACGACAAAAGAAUUCGGUGGUGAACAAAUAUAAGAGGGCAUAUCAGGAGUUCCUCGAUUUGGAAUCAGGCUUGCAAAGCGCAAAGAACUGGUACAAUGAGAUGAAGGAAACGGUUGAUAGCCUCGAGAAAAACGUUGAGACUUUUGUCAACAAUAGGAGAUCAGAAGGUGCCCAGCUACUUGGCCAGAUCGAGCAAGAAAUAGCUGCGAACAAGAGCACGCAAGCCGAAACUGAGCGAGAAAGACUUCGUGGUUUAAUGGAACGCAUGUCCAUGGAUUCUAGUAUAUCACCACCACCGAAGGCGGGUGCGGCAAGGCCUGUGCCGACACCACUCUCCUUUACGAGCACGCCACGUUAUCCCCAGACCGGCAUGGCCACUCAAUAUCAAAUGCCAACUUCUCCGCCGCCAAAUCAAGCCAACUACCCCGGCUAUUCUAGCCCACCACCGGGCACGACAUACACAUCUACGUCGCAGCCAUCCUUUACUCCGAACCCACAACAAGCUAAUCAACAGUACGGGCAAGCUGCGUAUAACCCUAGUAGCUGGGGUCGAAACCCUGGCCCAGCCUCACCACCGCCAAACCAGGCUACCUUUGGACUUGGUGUUGGUAGUAGAAAUCCUGCUUCGCCCCCACCUACGCAGACAUCCUUCACAGCAAAUCAAUACAGUACUUAUGGAAAUCCGCAGGCAGUAGCAGCACCGCAACAACAGCAGUACAUGCCUCCGGGUUUCGUCCCGCCACCACCGCCGCCCGGACCGCCGCCUUUGGGUCCGCAGCAGACUAUCCACUACUCACCGCAAGGGCAAGACUACCCAUACGGAAGCCCUCAAGGCGCCCCCUCGCAUAAUGCUGGUGCUCGGCCGGCACAAAGCAACAACGACCCAUGGGCAGGCUUGAACGCUUGGAAAUAGGGCAUCUAAUUUUAGUUGGGAUAAGCAAAUGCGAGGAAUGAAUACUUUAUUCAAACUCUUUUGCGAAAAGCUAGCAUGUCCGACUGCUCAUGAAAAGUAGUAA